AAUUAUUUUGUGACACUGAGCUGAUGCUGGAAGGAGCAGCUUUUCCCCUUUAAGUUGGUGUCCGUUCUAUGAAUACAAGGAUGGAAACUACAUUUUAUGACGAUGCACUGAGCGCUGCUUUUGCCCAGCCUGACGCUGCUGGUUAUGGAUACAACUCCAAAGUGUUAAAGCAAAGUAUGACUCUGAACCUAUCUGACCCCACCAGCUCCAUCAAACCUCACCUGCGCAACAAGGCUGCCGAUCUUCUCACCUCCCCAGAUGUUGGACUUCUUAAACUUGCCUCUCCUGAACUUGAAAGGCUUAUUAUUCAGUCCAGCAAUGGCAUGAUCACCACCACGCCGACACCAACACAGUUCCUGUGUCCCAAAAAUGUUACAGAUGAGCAGGAGGGCUUUGCAGAGGGGUUUGUUCGAGCACUUGCAGAGUUGCACAAUCAGAACACUUUACCAAAUGUGACCUCUGCCCCCCAACCUGUCAGUACUGGACUGACACCUGUUUCUUCCAUAGCAAGUAGCACUGGCUUCAGCAACACAUUGCACAGUGAACCACCGGUAUACGCCAAUCUGAACAAUUUUAACCCCACUCCAAGUGCUGUCACCUCCACAACCACUACCCCUGCUUUCAACAGCAAUGGUUUGAGCUUUGGUCCUCAGCAUCACAACACCCCACCAAUUUCAGUGCAGCACCCAAGAUUGCAAGCUCUCAAGGAAGAGCCACAGACUGUCCCUGAAAUGCCUGGGGAGUCUCCACCACUGUCCCCUAUUGACAUGGAGUCACAGGAGAGGAUAAAAGCUGAGCGGAAACGCAUGAGGAACAGAAUUGCUGCUUCCAAGUGCAGGAAAAGGAAACUGGAGAGGAUUGCUAGAUUGGAAGACAAAGUGAAAACACUUAAAUCUCAGAACUCUGAACUGGCAUCCACGGCUAACCUGCUCCGGGAGCAAGUAGCUCAGCUCAAGCAGAAGGUCAUGAAUCACGUCAACAGUGGCUGUCAGUUAAUGUUAACACAACAGUUGCAAACAUUCUGAGAAGACUUGGUCGGAGAGAAGCCAAGGAUGAGUCGUGGAGAGAAUCAAAUAGUUUCAUGUUGAAACUUAUGGUUGAAAAUGAAAGGCAUUGAGACCUGACUGUGUUCAAUGAGCCUGUGCGGAGAGUCUGGUGAAACCUCAGGUUGUUGCCAGUGUCAAAAGAACAAGCAAAUUGUGUUUGCUAAGUGCUGUUCGUGUUCUAACACAAGAUCAGAUCUGUGUUUUUAACAUUGACCAAGACCUGCAUGGACUGAACAUUCGAUGAUUAUUCAGUAUUAAGAUACAAGGAUAAACAGCGAUACAAACUAGAUUGUUUUUAUAGUUCACACGAGGGAUGGGCGGGGGAGGGAGGCGUCUGGGACUGAAAAACAAAAUACAAGACUAUUCUGCCUGCCUUCUACUUAACUAUGUAUGUUAUGUGUACAUAUUUGUUUUUUUAUUUUACGAAAGCUGAGAUUAUGUCGAUAAAACAGCUUCAAAACUUUGUAAUUUAUUUUAUAUGUUUUUAUUUAGGUUUAUGAACCUAGUAUUGUCUGUAAAUAAGAGAUCUUGAGCACUCUUGAGUUUACCAUUUGUAAUAAAGUAUAAUUUUUCUAUGUUUGUUUCGGAGGAUAUUCCAGAAUUUCAAUUAUAUUUAAGAAAAGAUUUGAAAAUUUUAGAAAUGUGUUUUUGGUUUUU